AUGGUAGAGGUGGCAAGUUUCGUUCACAAGGCCGACUUCGGAUAUUUCGUGGCUAUCGCGGCUCCUGAUGCAGAGGAAGAUGAGUUGCGAACAAUGUUCGACUGGGGUAACUGGGUCUUUCCUUAUGAUGAUGCUUUCGAUAAUGGAGAGUUGAAAGUGGAUUUGGACGGCGUGCAAAGGAUGAUGGAUGAGCUUUUGACUGUCAUGAAUAACGAGACAACCUUUAGACCAACGGACCCUCUUGUUGUUGCUUUUAAGUCCAUCUGA